CUGGGACUGUUCUCAUGCACGCAUCGUACUUUGCCAUCACUAUUCACUCCUGAGCCAUGGCUGCAGGUUCUACCUCAAGAUCUGUAAGAUUUAAAGAAGAAGUUGAGUUUGCGGCAGACACGACGGAAGACAUGAAGCCGUGCAAAUCCUUCAAGAACAAGGUGCUGUCGCGCGUCUUCUCCGAAGACUACGAGUUCCUGAUAGGCAACGACAAGCGGCUGUUCGACCCGCGAAGCCCUGCGAUUCAGCGGUGGAACAAGGUCCUCCUCGCGGCCUCGCUGGUGUCCCUGUUUCUCGACCCUCUCUUCUUCUACAUCCCCGAGACGCCGGCCAUGGAGUGCAUUGACAUCGGGACUAGUCUCGAAGUGGCCCUCACCGCGCUCAGAACACUGGCCGACAUAUUCUACGGCAUUCAGAUCUACGUCCGCUUCCGAACGGCCUUCGUCGCGCCAUCCUCUCGAGUAUUCGGGAGAGGCGAGCUCGUGGUCGAUCCUUCCAGGAUCGCGUCGAGGUACUUGGCCAGGGGAUUCUGGGUCGACCUGGUGGCCUCCGUGCCAUUGCCGCAGUUAAUGAUAUGGGUCGUCAUCCCCAGCCUUAAGGAUUCCACCGUCACCGACAGCAAGAACUUUCUUCGAUUCAGCAUCAUCUUCCAGUACCUACCCAGGCUCUUCUUAAUCUUCCCCCUCUCCGAGCGAAUCAUAAGGAUGACCGGAGUCAUGACCGAGAACGCUUGGGCCGGAGCCGCGUACAACCUCAUACUCUACAUGCUCGCGAGCCAUGUGAUCGGAGCAUCGUGGUAUCUUCUGUCGAUCGAGCGGCAAGAAGCGUGCUGGAGAGCUGCCUGCCAGCUCCGGGACUUCUCAUGCCAGUAUAAGAACUUGGAGGGCAAAGGGAGCGAUGGUUGGAAGAGGAGAAGUGAGCUAAUUGGGAGCUUCUGCAAUCCAAGUAACGACUUGUUUCAGUUUGGAAUUUAUGCCGAUGCAUUGGAGUAUAAUGUGACAUCCUCUUCUUUCGUCCAGAAGUACUUCUACUGCUUUUGGUGGGGUUUAAAGAAUUUGAGUUGUUUGGGGCAGAAUUUGUCGACGAGCAUGAGUGUUAGUGAGAUCAGCUUUGCGAUUGUGAUCGCAGUCUUGGGCUUGGUUCUCUUCGGGCUGCUCAUUGGAAAUAUGCAGUCGUAUCUUCAAUCGACGACGGCGAGGUUGGAAGAAUGGCGGGUGACGAGGACGGACACGGAGCAGUGGAUGCGGCACCGGCAGCUUCCGGCGGAGCUGAAGCAGAGCGUGCGCCGCUACCACCAGUUCCGGUGGGUAGCGACGCGCGGGGUGGACGAGGAAGCUCUUCUGAAAGGGCUGCCAGUAGACCUCCGGCGCGACAUCAAGCGCCACCUCUGCCUCGACCUCGUCCGCCGCGUGCCCCUGUUCGACGAGAUGGACGAGCGGAUGCUGGAGGCGAUCUGCGAGCGGCUCCGGCCGGCGUUGUGCACGCGGGGGACGUGUCUGGUGCGGGAGCUCGACCCGGUGGGCGAGAUGCUGUUCAUCAUCCGCGGGUACGUGGACUCCACGACUACCAAUGGCGGCCGCAGCGGGUUCUUCAAUUGGUGCCGGAUCGGACCGGGGGAGUUCUGCGGGGAGGAGCUGCUGACUUGGGCUCUCGACCCACGUCUGGCGGCGGCGCUGCCUCUGUCGACGCGGACGGUGGAGGCGGUGACGGAGGUGGAGGCGUUCGCGCUGGUGGCGGAGGACCUCAAGUUCGUGGCGUCGCAGUUCCGGAGGAUGCACAGCAAGCAGGUGCAGCACAAGCUGCGGUUCUACUCGCAGCAGUGGCGGAUGUGGGCGGCGUGCUUCAUCCAAGCGGCGUGGGGGAGGCAGAAGCGGCGGAGGGCGUCGAUGGAGCUGAGGAUGAGGGAGGGGGACAGGGAGGCGGCGGCACUCCAGUCCGCCUCAGUGUGGUCUCUCCAGCCGUCGACUGAAGCUAAAGAGAAGUCGAAGACGAAGGAGAAAGCGGUGGCAGGUGGAAAAGGGAGUAAAGAUGGGGCAGCGAGGAAGCCGGCGUUGAAGAAGCCAAGGGAGCCUGAUUUCUCCCUGAAAAUGGAAGAGGAAGAGAACUAGAUUUGGUUAUACAUGUUUAGUAUGUUAAUAUAUAUGGGCGAUUUGUUCGUUCCAAGACCUACGUCAAUCCAAUGUUUAGUAUGUUAUAAACAUAUUAUUGUAGUGUGGUAGAUGGCAUGUAUAUAUGCUACAAUUACUUUUGUAUUAGACUUGGGACAAUUGGUCAAAAC